AUGGAUCUUCGCCAUUUUUUUCAUUUUCAUUUCAUCCAUUUGCUUUUCUCGCCUUUUCUUUCCUCCCUGAUAAGUUUCUUUUUGUCUUUUAUUUUUGUAAUCACUAACGUCGUCAUCUUUCUUUCUUUUCCAUUUGACUUCUUUCUUUGUUUGUUUCUUUCAUUCUUUCCUUCUUUCUUUCUUUCUUUCUUUUACUUUUCAGUUUCACCCUUUAUAUCUUUUGAGUGUUAUAAAUUGUUCAUUUGGUUCUUCUUCUUCUUCUUCUUCUUCUUCUUCUUCUUUGAUUUCCAUAUUGUGUUUUUUUCCAAAGGAAAAUAUAUUACAGUCUUCUUUGCUUCUUUGUUUCUUUCUUUCUUUCUUUCUUUCUUUCUUUCUUUCUUUCUUUCUUUCUUUCUUUCUUUUACUUUUCAAUUUCACCCUUUAUAUCUGUUGAAUGUUAUAAAUUGUUCAUUUUGGUUCUUCUUCUUCUUCUUCUUCUUCUUCUUCUUCUUCUUCUUCUUCUAUUAUAAUCUAUUUAAAAUACAUUCUUCAUUUUAUUUAUUUAUUCUUUCUUAUUCUUCUUAA